GCGUUGUUGUGUCACGGUUGGCGUUCCAGUUUAACUUCGUCCGCCACACGGUGUGCAACUCCGUGUUCCUCCUCCACAUUUGGACGACCAUCCGCAUUUGUCACUUGUGCCAAUUGCGAGGUAUCGAUCGAGAUAUCGUAAGUGAAGAAGAUUUUCUCUUUCUAUCUCUUUCCCGUUCGUGUAACUCGGUUUGACGAGGUUUGACGAGGUUUGAGACGGAUUAAAGUAAAAUUAUCGACGAGGAAUCGACUUGGAAAGGAGGAAAGUUGAAGGUUGACAAGUGUUUGCAUGUGCGGAUUGGAAGAGAUUUUUUUGAAUGAUCCACGUGGAUGGUGAGGAAUCAAUUUGUUGAGGAAGGUUCAAUGCGCUUGAUGAGACGAGAUUAAGAUCAAAAGGUGGGAAAAAUUGAUCGUGGACAAAGAUCUGAAAUCUUUCAAACUGGGUGACGGAAGAGGAAAACAUCGUAGAGUCAGAAUGGCAGACGAGAGUCAGCAGGAGAGUCAACCUGCGCGUAAGGAGCGGAAAAUUAUGAAUUACUUGCCAUUUUCGCUAAAAAUUUUGGAAAUCAUACUAGCUGUGUUCUCGAUUGGAUUAAUCGUGGAUCCAUUGAAUUCGUUUCAAAAACUUUCGCUCAGAUUACAAUUCAAGCUUGACGAUGCUGCGAUAAUUUACAUCACUAUCGCUGGUUACAUCAUAAUCAACACGCUCUUCAUCAUUUGCCAAAUAUUGGGCGAUCGAAUACCGAAAAGAACGUUAGUAAUAUUUUCCUCGGUUGGGGCGCUCCUCCACAUCGUCGCUGGGAGCGUAAUUGUUUAUAAUUGGAGGAAGAUUAUCGGCCCUUAUUACAACAACAAUGAAUUCUAUCCGAGCAAGCAGUACAUGGACAUGUUCAUAUCUGGGGCCGUGUUCACAUUUGCAAACGCUGUUGUUUUUAUUCUAGAAGUUUUCUUCAUCAUCAAGUUCUCGUCGAAAGGCACAGAGUGAAAAUUUUGAAAUGACGUGGAAGAGGAAAAUAUUUUUGCAAAGAUUAUAUACUUAAUGAAUAAGUUAUUAAUAAUUCAGAAAGAUAUGAAUAUUUAAUAUUAUGUAAAAUUUUUCGAGAAG